AACUCAAAUCAGACAGAGUAAAGGGUCGGAGAUGGAAAAAAAACAGUCCUAAAAUUGCAAACAAACAAAUUUUAAAUAAAAGAAAUUGACAAUAAUCACGCUAUCUGCUGUUUCUCUCUUUUCUCUUGUCUCUCUCACUGUUUCUCACCCAAAAUUCUUAAUUUCUCAUUGGAAGCAAGGUAAGUGAAAAAAAUUUCCUCCCCCUCUUUUCUUCCUCUCAAAUCAGAACCUAACCCUAUUUUUGCCCAAUUCCAAUUUCUUCAAUUACAUUGAAUUUAAAGCCUUACAUGUGUUAUCUUCAACUUGAUAUGUAUGAUGAGAGGAAGAAUGUCGAUUACAAUGCUCAUGAGUUAGCAAUAACUCUCAAAAUGUACCUUGCAAUUAUGUUUAAGGAAUGGGAAUUAGUAAAACAGAAGUAAACUUGAAGAGAUUGCUUGCAGCUGCUCCUCACCAGCAAAACCAGGCAAAACUUGUACAUUAUGUUGCUACUUUGCGUGAACAACUGGAACAAUUGGCUGAAGAGAAGACUCCAGAAGGCUUGCCAAGGAUCUCAAAGGCUAUGUUGAACGAUUAUUCAGAGAAGAUUGAAGGCAUUGCUUCAAAAUUGGUUCAUGUGUCUGACAUAGAAGUAUCUGAGGACACUGAAAGAAAUGUUAAAGAAAACCCUUCUGAAAUUGAGGAUAUAAUGCCGAUGUCGCCUUCUUCUGGGCUGCGAAGAAGGCCUGUAGCUGCCUCAAGUACUGAAGAUAGAGCAUAUGAGCCUGCUGAGACUGAUCACUUAUCAUCUGUUAAACUGGAUGCUGCAGGACAUGCACAUAUUGAAAAGCACAGAAAGCUUCAAGAUGAUUUGACAGAUGAGAUGGUGGUGUUGGCAAAACAACUCAAAGAGAGUAGUCUCAUGAUGAGCCAGUCUGUGAAAAAUACUGAAAAGAUACUUGAUUCUACUGAGGAGGCCAUUGAGCAUAGCUUGGCAAGCACAGGUCGUGUCAAUGUGCGAGCAAACACAAUAUACUCCGAGAGUUCCAAGACUUCUUGCUUAACUUGGCUUGUGAUGUUUGUAAUGAUGUGUGUAUUUGUCAUGGUUAUUCUUCUAAUCCGUGUCACAUAGGAUGCAGUUAACAUUUCAUGGGGUAAAUUAAGUUACUGCAAACAUAGCUAUUUCCAUAAUGUAAGUUUUCCUUCUAUUCAGAUAUUUACAUUUUAUAGAAGUUAUAUCACGCAGUUUUUUUUGGGAAGGACGUGCAAAUUGUUCUUGUUCAUUGUAUAAGAACCGUAAUAUUUUCUUCAUAUCAUAUAUAAAUUCAUUCAAAUAGACUAAAUAAAUAACUUUUACAUAGCCAA